AUGUUAGAAAAACAAUUGGAGCGUAAUCCCGAGCUGAGGCAGCAAUACAAUGAUUUCAUAAGGGAGUAUGAGGACCUCGGCCACUGCAGAGAAGUUAAGGAAGCUGAGGAUCCCGGUAAUAUGGAUACGUACUAUCUGCCGCAUCAUGCAGUUUUACGACCGUCAAGCUCAACCACGAAGUGCCGUGUCGUAUUCGAUGCUAAAAUGGACCCAUCAAAACUAUCGCUCAAUGAGGUUCUUCAAGCAGGACCAGUUGUACAGAAUGGAAUAUUCUCUAUUACGCUGCGAUUCCGUAAGUACGCUUAUGCAUUUUCAAGCGAUAUAGAAAAAAUGUACCGGCAAGUGUUCGUUGCGCCGGAAGAACGCCGAUUCCUCCGAUGCUUUUGGAGGUCCGGCCCGUCACAUCUAUUAAGGGUUCUCGAGCUUAAUACCGUUACUUACGGAACAGCUUGUGCGCCAUACCAAGCAACAAGGUGUUUGGUACAACUUGUCAAGGAAGAAGGUUCCGAGUUUCCCAUCGGCUCUCGAAUCUUGACUGAGGACUUUUACGUUGACGAUGCGCUUUCUGGCGCUAACACGUUGGAAGAAGCUCUCGAAAGCCAACGUCAAUUAAAAGAACUGCUAACCAGAGGUGGUUUCCAUAUUCACAAAUGGUGCUCCAAUUCGGCAGAGUUUCUAAAGCACAUUCCACCAGCCGACCGAGAAAGGAAGGUUCCUUUUCAUGAGUACGGAGCAAAUGAAGUAAUGAAGGUGCUUGGAUUGUUGCGGGAUCCUGACGGCGACGUCCUCAUGAUAGCCAAUCCGCCGAAAUGUUCUUUUCCGGAUGUUAAGCUAGCCACGAAACGAAUGAUUUAUUCCGAGGUGGCAAAAUUGUUCGAUCCACUCGGACUAUUUGCGCCAGUAAUUGUCAUGGCCAAACUGUUGGUGCAGCAGCUUUGGAAAAUAUCAGCUGGAUGGGACGAUCCCAUCGACGAAACCAUCCGCGAAAACUGGGCUACUCUGCGCGCAUCCCUUCCAGACCUUGGACGCAUUCACGUUCCAAAGCUCUGUGCCGCUCAUCUGCUUUCGAAAUUGAUCAGCCAGGUCGUUCCCGCGCUUCAAAUGAACUUUCGAGAAGUUGUUCUCUGGUCGGACAGCACCAUUGUUCUGGCAUGGCUGAAGAAACCGUUAGAUCAACUUCAGACGUUCGUAAGGAAUCGGAUUGCUUUGGUACGAAAGGAUACCAAUGAGUAUCGAUGGAGUUAUGUUUGCUCGGCCAAUAAUCCCGCCGCUAUCGUUUCUCGAGGAAAGCUGCCAGAAGAUUUAAAACAAAAUAUUCUCUGGUGGAGCGGUCCAAGGUUCCUGUGUGAAGUAGAAUAUGACGUUGAAGACACCGAAGAGAUUUUGGAGAAUAAUCUUCCCGAGCUAAAAGUCCUCGUCAUAUCCGUGUCAGCUCACGAUUCGUUUCCAUUCUUCGAAAAAUUCAGUUCUUCUCGGAAAAUCCAGCGCACCAUGUGCUACGUUCUACGGUUUAUUCGAAAUUGCAAACGGCCAAAGUCUAAUCGUGUGAAGCAAGUACAUCUUUCCAUCGAAGAACUACGUCAAGCAUCCGAAGCAAUCGUCAAGGCGAUUCAACAAGCACAUCUUGGGGACGAAAUUAAGCGAGUGAUUUCCAACCAAACAUGCAAGCGUCUUGGUAACCUGCGUCCAGUGUAUGAAAACGGUUUACUACGAGUUGGAGGGCGAUUAGAUCGCUCAGUACUGCCGUUUGCUGCAAAACAUCAGUUAAUACUUCCCGAUAAAGAUCCUCUAAUGGGAAAUCUCCCUACCUCGAGAAUUGUGCCAUCACCACCGUUCGCAGUUACUGGCGUCGAUUAUGCCGGUCCAUUCAUGGUGAGGCAAGGUUCUUAUCGUCCGAAGCUUGUUAAGUCCUACGUCGCAGUUUACGUAUGUAUGGCGACAAAGGCUGUACAUUUAGAGAUCGUGUCCGACUCAACGACGGAUGCCUUCUUGGCGUCUUUGAAACGGUUCAUUAGUCGGAGAGGAAUGGUGCAGCAAAUUCACUCUGACAAUGCGACCAACUUUCAUGGAGCAUGCAAUCAACUGCACGAGUUGUAUCGACAGUUUCAGAAUCAACAAGAGGUGAAGAAAAUCCAGCAGUUUUGUGAAGUACGCGAGAUACAGUGGCAUUUCAUCCCACCAGACGCACCAGAGUUCGGUGGUCUCUGGGAAGCGGCGGUCAAGGCGACGAAAACUCACCUGAAGCAAGUCGUAGGGAAUGCAAAUCUCACUUACGAAGAAAUGGCAACCAUUCUAGCCGAAAUAGAAGCCAUUUUAAAUUCUCGUCCGUUGUUCAGUUUGUCCAACGAUCCUGACGAUCCACAGGUAAUAACAUCAGCUCAUUACCUCAUAGGUCGACCGUUGUCUGCACCAGCUGAGCCAUCUUUAGAAGACACCAAGGUGAGCCGACUCGAUAGAUGGCAACAUCUCCAGCUCAUGCGUGAGCAUUUUUGGCGAGCGUGGUCAAGGGACUACCUUAAUUCUCUCCAACCACGUAAGAAGAAUACCAGAGCAACGUCGAACGUUCGACCUGGCAUGGUCGUUCUUCUCCACGAUAAGACGCAACCUCCGCUCAGUUGGAAACUGGGCAGAAUCACCGGAGUGUAUCCUGGUGACGACGGCUUAGUGCGAGCCAUUGACGUGUUUUUCAACGGAGCAACAUACCGUCGUCCAAUCAACAAGGUCUCGAUAAUUCCAAUCGAGGACAAUGUCUGCUCUGCCCCGGUCCUUUCUGUUGAUACGAAGUUUCAACCCGGGGGGAGAAUGUUCCAUCCGUCACGACAGCAACAAUAA